AUGUCUGUCGCAGCUUGUGUACUGGCUCUCUCCCCUCGGUCCGCCAUCCACGAGGAUGAACUUGACCGCUACGACGCUUUCCUGUCCAGCCUUCAAGAUUCCCACUUUAUGGACAUGUACCUCGAAAACAGCCGAGUCAAGAUCGAUGUCUAUGAGCACCCGUCCAACGAGCUCGCGCUUUCCGAACACUUCACUCCAAGCGACACUGCAAACCAGUACUUUGACCAAGAGGGACAGCGUGCUCAAGAGGUAUUGCAGCCAGCAACGGCUUCGGAUGACACGGUACACAACUCGACGUUGGAAAAGCGAUCGGACAACAGCUGCCCACGUGCUACCAGUUCUGUGGAACGAUUGCCAACUGCCGUGGAAACAAUGGGUGUCCUCACUGCUAUGCUGUUCGACAAGGGUGUUUGUGGCAGAAAUGGUGCCGUUAGGUUUAAGGGCUGCCGUGCUGGGUUGAUGGCUCGCGAGGGAUGA